UAAGUUGAAUAUAGUUCAAUGAUUUCUGUUGGGACAUCAGAUGCUCUUGAGCCGUUCUGUCAACUCAGGACAACUUGGGGUACAGUUUCAGUGAGAAUCAGAACUUUGUUGGAUAAGCUGGAAGGGAGAUCCUUAUCAGGGACUAUUUAGCAUCCGCAAUUUCAUCAGACUAAUAAGGUUUAAAUGGCUGGUGUUGCUAGGAAAGGGAGGUCCAAGUGGGACACACAAGAAAUUUCUCCUGAUAUUGUUGAGAUCAGUGAAGAUGACUCUCCUCCUAAGAAUACAGAUGAUCGCCGCAAAGAUGGAGGUGAUAUCCCUACUCAGGACCUCACUAAUGAUAAUGGAAAGCGAGUUGGUGAAUCUUCAAAUCUCAAACCUGAUGCCUUCAUGCACCAAGGCAGUACUGAAUGCGAGGAGGAACGCACUGACGGGUUAAAUAAAGAUGUCAAGGAAAGGCAAUCUAAAGCGUCAUCUGAAAGGUCGCAUGCUCCUAGAAUGGCUGAAGAGGGGCAUAAUAAUGAUGACUGGGGUAAGUUAGCUUUGGAAAAGACAACUGGUAACCAAGGUAUGAGCAGAAAUGCUGAUGACAGAAGACGUGGCGAUGGAUGGGGCACAGCUGUUAGCCGUGGUUACUCUUCUAGGGUGUCGUCUGGUCCAGAUGCAUGGAAGCAGCGCACUCGCAGUCCAUCUCCAAGAGGAGGUGCUUGGAACAGGUCACGUAGGAACGGAAGUGACUCCAGAAGCAGGAGUAGAGAGCGAGGUAGAGGGAGAAGCAGAAGUCGAAGUCGGAGUCCUUACUUUGACCGUGGUUCUGAUUGGAGGGCUGAGAGAGGCAGAAUAUCUGGAGGACCUUCUUUGCUCUGCAGAGAUUUUACAGCUGGUAGAUGCAGAAGAGGCUUGCAUUGCAGGUUUCCUCAUGAAGAUGGUGGGCGAAGGCAGUUUGACGAGCCUUAUCCCGCAGACUCGAGGGAAAGGUAUGGCCAUCAGAACAAGGAUUUCCUGGAUCCACGAGAACCAGAUGACUAUGUACGGAGCAGGCAACCUCGAGGUCAUUUUGAUGAAGGUACUUGGGAAAGAUCUGAACCCCGAAGAGAUUACAGGCCUUCUGAUCAAUGCCAUGAGUUUGUCAAAGGAAGGUGCAGCAGAGGUGCAAGUUGCAGAUAUGUUCAUGAUGAGUCCGCUUCUCAUGUUGGAUGGAGAGAUGAUGCUAGGGAAACGGCUCAUGUGAGAGGUGGUCCUGAUUUAUCCUAUGGGAAUAGGACAGAGCACCGUAGAGAACCAAAAAGGCCCUGUAAAUUUUUUGCUGAAGGUCGCUGCCGUCGUGGUGAGACUUGUCCAUAUCUCCAUGAGGAUGCUCCCCAAAGUCAAAUGGGUCCAGGUGCAUCUGAUGAGCCUCCAAAAUACAGUGGUGGGCGUACACCAAGAGGAAAUUAUUCGAAUUGGGGUGAAGAAACUAAUGGUACACAUGCAGGUUCUCAUAUUUUAUCCAGAGAUGACAGGGAAAACCCUGAUUCUCAGCAUACUGCCAGAAGUGAUACUGGAUAUGGGUACAAAAACCGGCAAUUGGAAGAUGCUGGAAGGGAUCAGUACCAGAUAAUUCCUCAAGAGGAUUUUGGUUCACAAGGGCGAAAUAAACCUGAAAUGGCUGCUCCAAAACAGCAACAGUUUUUAAGUCCUAUCCAAACAAGUGGGGAUAGCAUGAACAAUGACAAGGUAUCUGGCAUGGAUGGUCUGGGUGCAUCUGCUACCACUGGCAAUUUGAGUAUGCAAACUGGGAGACAUGCUCCUAAUCUUUUAGAUGGGCAAAGCUUGAGCCAAAUAGCACAGAGCCAAGAUGCAGUUCCUCAAACUUCUGGGGCCCCAAUUCAUCCAGUCACCAGCCAGCAGCAGGAUUCUACGUCCAUGUUGCCAUUUAAUAACCAACAGCAUGAAAGCAACUUUUCAUUACAUCCGAACAGGCAAGAUCAGUUUAGCAACUUCUCAUUACAUCCGAGCAGGCAAGAUCAAUUUGUAGCUUCUCAGGCAACUGCAAAUAAUUCGGCUCCUAGCAUGCAGAAUCAGCCAGUAGCCGUUCCUUACAUGGGACAAGGCCCACACAGCUACACUCUAGGUUCGCAGGCAUUGCCUGCAUUUAGUGGACAUACUUUCAGUGUCGCUGGUCAAGUUCCGCAAGAUCGUCCAACGCCUUUCUAUGCUGGGCAAAGUCAGGCAACCGUUGAAAGGUCCAAUCCUAGCCAAGAGGGUGGUACUCAGAGCAUGCAAAACACACAUAGUUUCCAGCCCGUUGCUCCAAAUAUGCAAGCUCAUAGUCAAGCCUUGCAGGGGCUAUCUGCGGUGCCUAACCAAGGCAUUGGUACUCAAAGCAUACAUAACACACAUAAUUUCCAGCCUGUUGCUUCCCCAUAUAUGCAAAACCGGGGUCAAACCUUGCAGGGUUUAUCGAUAUUGCCAAGCUCCACCUCAGCUGCUAUGUCUGGUGCUCCCCCUGUUCCUCCUAAUGAGGAAGAAAUUCGCCGUUCAUUAACAUCUCUGGCGGCAACCCUCAGAAUGCAGCCUGGUACAGUUGCUGGACUGCAGUUGCCCCAGACUAUUCUGAAUCCAAGCUUGAUGACCAGUUUGUCAGAUGUUGAACCCAGUCAGUGGUCUUGGGUACAGCAGCAACAGGCAGGAACAGCCCAACCCGCACAGCAGCAGCAGGCAGGAACAACCCAACUUGCACAGUCUGAACAGCAAGCUCCCCAGCAGACAUUGCCGGCACCAUCAACGGCAGUUGGUACUAGUAAUGGCAACCCAGCACCCCAGUUGGUCGGUCAGACCGCUGCUACAUCAGUGGUUACCGCACCACCGCCUUCAGAAAAUAAGAAAGUAGAAACCAAAGCCAAAGAUAGCGAUGGCGAACAAGAUGGCGACAAGAAUAAAAAGGGCAACAAGGAGGAGUCCAAGGCACUGAAGAUGUUUAAACUCGCGCUCGCCGACUUUGUGAAAGACGCCCUCAAACCUACGUGGAAAGAGGGCCAGCUGACCAGAGAGGUUCACAAGACCAUAGUGAAGAAGGUCGUCGACAAAGUCACGAGCACGGUUGAGAACAUCCCUCCAACAAAAGAGAAGAUCGAUGUCUACAUGUCCUACUCGAAAGAAAAACUCAGCAAACUUGUACAGGCAUAUGUGGGCAAGUAUGUCAAGGCGUAGCCCGCCGGCCAAAAUGGCGACAUCUGCGCCUGUUUUUUGUGCCUCGUGCGACAGAAAGAUUGGAAAGCAGGGUUUAUUUAGGUGGCAAGGGUUUCUUUUUGUUCUGUUUCAGGCGCCUUGUGCAAAUGUUGCCGAGUGUUGUAUCAUCAUCGUCUUCUUCUUUUGUACAACAACACCAUUUGAAACAUGAACCUUCUGUAGCGGUAGAUAGAUAUAGGUUAUGCAAAAGACGUGGGUCGGUGCGGUCGUCUUCUUCAUGAACACAAGGCGUGUUCCGUGUUUGCAUGCAUGUGCUAGAACUUGACUUAGCAUGACUGCCAGUUCAAACUCUGUUCUCUGUU